CACCCCCCCCCCGCCACCGCCGCCGAGGCCCGGAAGGGGCCGGUCGCUUCCGUCUCCGCCGGGGAUGCACGGAGGGCGGAGCUGCGGCCCGAGGACGCAACGCGAGCCCAGUUCCGGCGAGGAGGCCGCGCCAGUGACAGCGAUGGCGGCGGAGUCGGCGCUCCAAGUUGUGGAGAAGCUGCAGGCGCGCCUGGCCGCGAACCCGGACCCGAAGAAGCUCUUGAAAUAUUUGAAGAAACUCUCCACCUUGCCUAUUACAGUAGACAUUCUUGCGGAGACUGGAGUUGGGAAAACAGUAAAUAGCUUGCGAAAACACGAGCAUGUCGGAAGUUUUGCCCGGGAUCUCGUGGCCCAGUGGAAGAAACUGGUUCCUGUGGAACGAAACACUGAGCCUGAUGAACAGGACUUUGAGAAGAGUAAUUCCCGAAAGCGCCCCAGGGAUGCUGUUCAGAAGGAGGAGGAGAUAGAGGGGGACUACCAGGAAAACUGGAAAGCCUCCAGUAGCCAAUCCUAUAGCCCUGAUCACAGGCAGAAAAAACACAGAAAACUCUCGGAACCCGAGAGAACUCACAAAGUGUCUCACGUUCAAGAGAGGAGAGAUGAGAGAAAGAGGUGCCAUAGAGUUUCACCAGUUUAUUCUUCAGACCACGAAUCUUCUGAUUAUGGCCAUGUUCAGUCCCCUCCAUCGUCUGCCAGUCCCCAUCAGAUGUCCAUGGACCAUUACAGAUCCUUGGAGGAGGACCACGAGCCCUUUGUUGCACACCAGAAGCCUGGGAAAGGCCAUAGUAAUGCCUUUCAGGAUAGACUGGGGAUUAGUCAGGACCGACACCUGGGGGAUCCCCAGGGGAAAGGGGCUGUGAGUCAGAACAAGGAACACAGAUCUUAUAAGGAAAAACGACCGGUGGAUGCCAGGGGAGAUGGGAAGUCAUCUUUGAGCAGGGAGAAAUCACACAAGGCCAUCUCCAAAGAGGAAAACCGAAGGCCACUCUCAGGGGAUAGCACAAAGGAGAAACCGCCCUCUAGUGGUGUCAAGAAAGAGAAGGAGAAAGAGGGCAGCACCAAAAAGAAGUUUUUACCCCCCUUGGAAGUUGCUUCAGACAACCACCUUAAAAACAAGCCAAAGCACAAAGACGCAGAGAAAACCAAAUUGGACAAAAACAAGCAGAGUCUAGACCUCUUAGACAUAGGAAAGGGGGCGGGAGACCCGCUGCCCAAGGUGAAAGACAGGGUUUCUAACAACCUAAAGACUUCAGAAGGGAAAGUCAAAACUUCUCAUUCAGAUAGAAAGUCAGUGGGUUCCCUCCCUAAGGUUGAGGAGGCAGAUGUGGAUGAUGAAUUUGAGCAGCCCACCAUGUCUUUUGAGUCAUACCUCAGCUAUGACCAGCCCCGGAAGAAAAAGAAAAAGAUUGUGAAAACUUCAGCCACGACUGUUGGAGAAAAAGGACUAAAAAAAAAUGAUUCGAAAAGCACUAAUAAAAACUUGGACUCAGUUCAGAAAUUACCUAAAGUGAACGAAAACAAGUCAGAGAAGUUUCAGCCAGCUGGAGCUGAUUCAGCCAAGCUGAGAAAGGUCCCCACGGACGCCUUGCCGGUGUUGCCAGACCUCCCAUUACCCAUGAUACAGGCCAAUUACCGGCCACUUUCUACCCUGGAAUUGAUGUCCUCCUUGCCACCAAAGCGAAAAGCGCUCUCUUCACCCCAGGAAGAGGAAGAAGCUGGAUUCACUGGACGAAGAAUGAAUUCUAAGAUGCAGGUGUAUUCUGGCUCCAAAUGUGCCUAUCUCCCGAAAAUGAUGACCUUGCACCAACAGUGCAUCCGUGUACUUAAAAACAACAUUGAUUCAAUCUUUGAAGUGGGUGGUGUGCCGUAUUCUGUUCUUGAACCCGUUUUGGAGAGGUGUACUCCUGAUCAACUAUACCGCAUAGAGGAGUAUAAUCACGUAUUAAUUGAAGAAACAGAUCAAUUAUGGAAAGUUCAUUGUCACAGAGACUUUAAGGAAGAAAGGCCAGAAGAGUAUGAGUCGUGGCGGGAGAUGUACCUGCGGCUGCAGGAUGCCCGGGAGCAGCGGCUACGAGUGCUGACCAAGAAUAUCCGAUCUGCCCAUGCCAAUAAGCCCAAAGGCCGGCAAGCAAAGAUGGCCUUUGUCAACUCUGUGGCCAAACCGCCUCGUGAUGUUCGACGGAGACAGGAGAAGUUUGGAACCGGAGGAGCAGCUGUGCCUGAGAAAAUUAGGAUUAAGCCAGCCCCGUACCCCACAGGAAGCAGCCCCGCCCCCUCCGCAAGUGGCAGCUGCAACAGCUUUAGCGGCAGCCCCGAGGAGCCAGCCUACGAUGGCCCGAGCACCAGUGGCACCCACUUGGCUCCCGUGCUCAGCACUGUUUCCUAUGAUCCUAGGAAACCGACUGUGAAGAAAAUUGCCCCAAUGAUGGCCAAGACGAUUAAAGCUUUCAAGAACAGGUUCUCCCGACGAUAAACUGAGGACUUGCCUUGGAGACGAAAUUUGUGGAGAGGAGUACCGGGACAACGGGGCUUGGGGAAUGGAACUUCCAAAGGAGACCAGGACCCUUUGCUUGGAGGCACCUUGUGGGCUCCGAACCUGCACGGCCCGCAGGUGUUGCCCGUGAGCCUGCUCGCCUCGGCCUGGAGAACACUUCAGAAGUCUGAAGAAGAUGUGAAGCCUCAGUCUUAACUGAGGAUUUUAAGGUCAAUUAUACUUUUGUUGUUAAUUAGCUUCUUUGUAAACUAUAAGACAUAGUUUUAAUUAAUAAAUAUUGCCCCCAGAUUGUAUUUAUAUUACCCCAGUAUUUUUUUUUUCUUUUUUUUUUUUUAGGCCCUCUACCAUAUACUUAGCCUUUUAUUUUCAGGGUCCUUUAUUAAAUUUAGAUAAAAACCUAGUGAAAGCCAUUCCCCUGUCACGGUUCAGCUCUUCUGAGGGGACUCUGGUUCAGAGGGUGGGCUGGGCGUCCUCAGAGCCUGUGUGGUGCCUUGUGCACGGAGGGCCAGGAGUGGGUCCUGGGCUGCCUGUCCUACCGGGGCGCCUUGACAUGGAGACCCAAAGUGUCCAAGGUAGACCCCUCACCUCUGAGGCCCUUCCCAGUGUUGCUUUGAGUUCCUAUGCAGGUGCAUCUCUUUCUUCAUUAAAUAGUAUUUAUUAAAGGAAGUUACUUGUAAAGGUCUAGAGUUUUUCCCCAUCCUUUUUGCCAGUUCCCACUUUUUUGAGGCUCACUAGAGGACACAGAGCCUUGGGGGAUCGAUUUGCACAGAACCCCAACAUUUUUACAAUUUACAAUUUCUGAUUCAAAACUUUAGGGUUUGUUUUUUUUUUCUCCCCUAUUUUUCCUUCUCCCCACUAGCAGAGGGGGAACACACAAGGCAGGGCUUUUUGUGCCUCUACCCCCCCGUUCAACUUCAGAGUCUAAGAAGCCAGCACUUUAAUCUCUUGUUCCCUGUGAACUGCUAACAGAAGUGAGUGGUUUUAAAAGUUGUAAUGCUGUGGUCGAAAUUGGUUUUGUUUUGCCUUUUUUUAAAAGGUAAGAUCAUGUGAUUGGAAGAGCACAAGAAUUUGCUGUUUUGCAGAGAACUUUGCAGCUGAAGCGCUUCUACUUUUUGAGUGUUUAAGCCAGAAUUUGGAGGGAAUGACCAACUUAGGGAAAGUGUCUGAGCUGUAGUGUCAGGAUGGGGGAGAGCCGCAAGGACACCCGCCAGGUUGGGGAAGGGAGGAUCUCCCUUUCAAGCUGACAUAGGAGCAGGAUCAGCACCUAGGAGGGCAGCGUUGGUGCCCUUCUCAGCUGUUGACGAGCACUGAUCUCACAGGAACCCACUUGGUUGGGACCCCGGGGGAAGGAGAUGCUAUACAUUUGAGGUGCCUGUCCUUAAGAUUCCUACACGGUAGAUGGCGGGCAUGAUUCGUAGGACAGCCUCAGGAGCUUGGCAGUUAGUCCCCUUGACAAGCUCUCUCAAAGCCCAGAAUAGUGAGUCCACUGCAUUUAACCAUCCUGGAGACCUCAGGCUGACUUUGAAGAUUCCAGAGCGAGCAGAGACUCCCGUGUGGCAAAGGCUGCAGUGUUCAGUGUGCAUUGCUGUGCAGGCUGCCUGUUGCCACAGGACACAAGUAUCGCUGUGUUUUCAUUUGCUGUGUUUCUCAGUUGGGUAAAACACUCUUUCUCUUGGUCUUUGUCUUACCAUUUCACCCCCACCCAGCCCUGGCCUGCUCUGCAGAUCUGGUGUUAAGGAAGCCUCUUCCCUAAAAGCCAAAUGAACAUCUGGGUCAGGGGCCAGACACUUCCUCCUGUAGGUAUCCACCGGCUUGAAUUUGUCUCUUAGCUGUGUGUUCACGUCUUUGUCAUUGAAACCAGUUUUUCAUAUUGCAGAUUCCGCUGGGUAGGAUUUCAUUUCCUUUAUUAGGAGUUUUUAGGGAGGGAAGGAAGGACACAUUUGUUCAUGCCAACGUCGCCGCCCAUUUUUAGCACAUACAGAUUUCUGAUCAGCCCUGUUUGCGUAGAGCCAGAUCUUUCCCUCCUCCCCCCACGAGUGUCUGCAUCAGGGAUGUGACUUGGUGAGAAGGAGAAGGAGGGAAGAGGAGAAGCCGAAUUUCUGAACCACCUUCUUACCUGGUUAUUGAAAUGGCUGCAGAGCAGACACACAGGAUGAUGUUGAACCUUUGGUCUCAUUUGUGAAAACGUGUGCAAUUUUCUUCCUGUGCUACACUACAUACAAAUCACCAAAUUACAAAUUAACCCUUUGUGAUCCUUGGUGUAAUGAGCAGUUUCUUUGGGGCUUUCUCUUUCCGGGAAGUGGGAGGGAAAGGAGCAAGGUAUCAUCCUGCUCUUCAUUUGUAUUUUGGUCCCAAAAUGUAAAUACAAUUUUCUAUGUUACUUUUUUGUGGUAACUACCAAGAUGAAUAUUUUAAUUAGAUAAGUUAUAUGAAAAGGAAGGAAAAUUCCAUGUCUAAAUAAAAAAACAAAAAACCCCA